GGCUCCAUCAGGUGGAAACCUUAAGGGGUCGAGUGGAGCCAAAUCUCAGGAGAGAAAGAGGUCUAAAACGCAAUUCAGCCGCAGCCACAACCGGCUGGGCCCCGGGGACCCGGCGGAGAAUGGCCCUCUCGACUGAAGCGCGGGCUACGCUCGUGUAUAGGGUUGCAAUUCGCCGUGAUAAAUGUAAAGACCAAUUAAGGUUUGAUCCGUGCACACAGGAGGCAGACGGCAGCGGAUAGUGGAACCAAUUAACGAGCAUGUCCCCUAAUUCCUGCGGCGGCGGCCGGGCGCACCGCUGGUCCCCAGGCGCCCGCCCCAGCAGAGCCCCCGCCCGCCGCGGCGGCGUCUCCCCGCGAGCAGGAGGGUUCCUUUCUGGCACCCCUUUCUCCAUCACUGUGAGUCUGGCCUGAUCGAAGUCUGAGGUUAUGAAGUCCAUUCUGGAUGGCCUUGCAGACACCACCUUCCGCACCAUCACCACAGACCUCCUCUACGUGGGCUCCAAUGACAUUCAGUACGAAGACAUCAAAGGAGACAUGGCAUCCAAACUAGGAUACUUCCCGCAGAAAUUCCCUCUGACUUCCUUCCGGGGUAGUCCCUUCCAAGAAAAGAUGACCGCAGGAGACAACUCCCAGUUGGUCCCCGUGGUAGACGCCACCAACAUUACAGAGUUCUACAACAAGUCUCUCUCUUCGUACAAGGAGAAUGAGGAAAACAUCCAGUGUGGAGAGAACUUUAUGGACAUGGAGUGCUUUAUGAUCCUGAACCCUAGCCAGCAGCUGGCCAUUGCUGUUCUGUCCCUCACACUGGGCACCUUCACUGUUCUGGAGAACCUGCUGGUGCUGUGUGUCAUCCUGCAUUCCCGCAGUCUCCGAUGCAGGCCUUCCUACCACUUCAUUGGCAGUCUGGCCGUGGCUGACCUCCUGGGCAGCGUCAUUUUUGUCUACAGCUUUGUUGACUUCCAUGUAUUCCACCGUAAAGACAGCCCCAAUGUGUUUCUGUUCAAACUGGGUGGGGUCACGGCCUCCUUCACAGCCUCUGUGGGCAGCCUCUUCCUCACAGCCAUCGACAGGUACAUAUCCAUUCACAGGCCUCUGGCCUAUAAGAGGAUCGUGACUAGGCCCAAGGCCGUAGUGGCCUUCUGCCUGAUGUGGACUAUUGCGAUAGUAAUUGCCGUGUUGCCUCUCCUUGGCUGGAACUGCAAGAAGCUGCAAUCUGUCUGCUCGGACAUCUUCCCACUCAUUGAUGAAACCUACCUGAUGUUCUGGAUCGGAGUCACCAGCGUGCUGUUGCUGUUCAUUGUGUAUGCAUACAUGUACAUUCUCUGGAAGGCUCACAGCCAUGCAGUCCGCAUGAUCCAACGUGGAACCCAGAAGAGCAUCAUCAUCCACACGUCAGAAGAUGGCAAGGUGCAGGUGACCCGGCCCGACCAAGCCCGCAUGGACAUUAGGCUGGCCAAAACCCUGGUCCUGAUUCUGGUGGUGUUGAUCAUCUGCUGGGGCCCCCUGCUUGCGAUCAUGGUGUAUGAUGUCUUUGGGAAGAUGAAUAAGCUCAUCAAGACAGUGUUUGCCUUCUGUAGCAUGCUCUGCCUGCUGAACUCCACCGUGAACCCCAUCAUCUAUGCUCUGAGGAGCAAGGACCUGAGACACGCUUUCCGCAGCAUGUUCCCUUCGUGUGAAGGCACCGCACAGCCUCUAGAUAACAGCAUGGGGGACUCGGACUGCCUGCACAAGCACGCCAAUAACACAGCCAGCAUGCACAGGGCCGCGGAAAGCUGCAUCAAGAGCACGGUUAAGAUCGCCAAGGUGACCAUGUCUGUGUCCACAGACACGUCUGCCGAGGCUCUGUGAGCCUGCUGCUUUCAUGGCUGCACAGAAAAGGAAAUUCUUUCUUUCUCUUUAGCUUAAAAUUUAGAAGUCUGUGGUCUAUUUUUUUUUAAAAUUUACCAUGUUUAGUAAAUAGUGACUGUCACUGUGCUUUUUUUCAGUUUGCUGACAUUUUAGUAGUUUAGGUACUUAAAUCCCAUUCUCCAGGGGUUUACAAUGAAGAAAGCCUGUUGCUUCAGUUGCUCAACAGUCCUUCCAAGUCUCUGAAAUAGAAGGGAAACCUUAGACUACAAAAUCUGAAGUCUAAGUAUCUGUAGAGAAACACCACAAAAUGAGUAAUGCCUUUGUAACCCCAACUUUCAUGAUAAUGUGGUAUGUGUCUGUCCCUAGUACUAAAAAGUGCAUUUUUACAAUAGGUACAGUGCUACAAUAGAGAUACUUUGUAAACUGUUUUAUGUCCUGUGAGUUGCGUAUCAGUGUUUACUGUGUCACUUUGUCUAGCUUAGCAAAACCAGAAGGUAGACCUUCAUAAGAACAAUGUCGUACUCGAUGGGCAUGUAGCAGCGUGACCCCUGUUUAGAUGGAAUGGUUGUCCAUGAUACGCAUUUAGAAACCUUAGUAUUUCUUCCAGUAUUCAUAUCUAAAGAAAACACAGAAAUAACCAUAAAGGGUUUUUUUUUGUUUGUUUGUUUUUGUUUUUGUUUUUGUUUUUUUUUGGUUAA